AGCCGUGACGGCGGCGUUUUUACGCGCGGAUGGAAAAGGGAAGAGGGAAGGACAGAUGUCCGUCUGUUGCGAUGAAAACAAAGUGGCAUCUCUUUAUUUUGUGGAGCGUUUCAUCACUUAGCCUUCUAAGCUCUGCAGUGGACACGUAUGAAUCUCUCUUUACGAGAAGGAAAGGGGGUUUCACACUAGGAGCUCCAAGAACCAAACCAAUCAAACUGCCAGUAGCGAAAGGCAGAAAAUCCAGCCGGUGGCUACCUGCCAGCACGCCUCCAGCGCCUCAACGCGGUUACCCAAGGUCCUAUUCCACUUCAGCACCUGUGAUACUUGGACCCAUGCGUCCAGGGAAGCCUGAGGCAAAGAUCCAGUCAGACUUUGCUUAUCUCCCAGACGUCUCGGUAACCUGUUCCUCAUCUGACUUUGUCCUGAGGGUCAAACCAGCUUUUUACGGUCUUGGCGCAGACGCAGAGGAACUGGUAUUAGGCAGCAGCUGUAAAAGCAACGGAUUUCUCAGGCCAUACGGUGACCUGCUCUUCACGUAUCCCCUGACAGCGUGUGAUGGAGUGCGUGAGAUGCCCCACGGUUAUCUGGUCUAUAAAUACGUGCUCUAUUAUGAGCCAUCGUCAAAACGAUUCCCAAGCAGAGCGCACCGGAUGGCUGUAGAUAUCGAAUGCCGUUACCCAAGGGACCAUCAUGUACACCAGCUGGCUGUCCAACCAACAUGGGAAACUGUAGUUUUCCGUAAAAGGCUGAAAAGCCGUCACAAGGACUACCAGAUCACAUUGAUGGAUGAUUCAUGGAGCAGACCUGUCAGCUCCCAUGUCUACCAGCUUGGGCAAAAGGUUAAUAUCCAGGUUUCUGCCCCUCUCCUCCCUGCUGGAGGAAAACUCUACAUCAGUAGCUGCUAUGCAACCCCAUCUAGUGGCUCUAAAUCAUCCUUGAAAUACACCAUCAUAGACAACUUUGGUUGUAUGCUGGACAGCAAGCGAGACCUGAAGGCCUCUCAGUUCGUUUCACGGACAGAUAAGACCCUGAGGCUUUCCUUACGGGCCUUCCAGUUUACUGCUGACCCAAACACUGAGGUCCGUAUUCACUGCAGGUUAGUUGUGACAUCAGAGGAUGCAAGUCCUGUGCACAAAUCCUGCACCUACAGAGGCAACAGGUGGAAGGCCCUUACUGGUGAUGACUCCAUAUGUGAAUGCUGCGAGUCCCAGUGUGUGACACCUAAGCCCCGGAGGGCCAUGAUGGAAGGUUCCGUCAGCAGUGCAUCAUUAUUGGUCUCCGAUCAGCCGUACACAGUAGAGGACCCGUUUCUACCAGUCAGCCUCCCUGUGGUCAGCAUAAGAAAAGAACAGAAGACUGUAAAUCAUUACGCUGAUGAGAGUCACAACAUGUUCUGGGGAAAUGUAGAUACAGUAAAGUAUGAUGAUGCUGAAGAAGAAAGUGGAGUUGCACUUGGAGUGAUGCCAAAACUUAAUUUAGAUGAGUUUGGCUUUAGGGAGAGGGUGUUAACCAGCAAGUGGAAUGAUUCUGAGGUGAAGGGUUUAAAUGAGUUGAGGGAAGAGGGAUCGCUGUAUGAAAAAAGGGAUUUGGAGGAGAGACAUGAACAUGAGGUCUCUGAUGUAGAGGAAGCGAUCCAUUUGAAUCUAAAGGAAAGUGAAAUGAUUAAUCACAGGGUGCAGUUAGAGCAGUUGUCACUAUCAAAAGUUGAUGUACAGACACCUGACUCUAAAGAUGAGGAAAACAGGACACAUGCAGGCAAAGAUGAGGGGGAGAGGAUGAUGGAACCUGAGGUGCAGUGGAAGAAUGACCACAGUCUGGCGGAUGUAGAAGAUGGCGAGGAGAUGACGUGGUAUUUUUUUUGGAGGUAG